AUGGACUACUCGGCUCGACGACCACAGCCACAUGGCCGAUUUCCGCUCGCAGGCUUUCACGACCAUGCUAUGGUUAACGCAUACUCAGUUGCAGACCUUGGCACUACCAACCAAUUCCACGUCGGAGAACCUGUGUACCACGAGACUCAAUUUGCCCCUUUGUCUCCGGAUUGGUUCAACAAUGGUAUUGCCUCCGCCAGUUUCGAUGGAUCCGGAGAUAUGGCCUCUGGGCCCUUCGAAAACCUCUUCUACCAAGGCGACUUCAAUGUCCCUCUCAGGUUCGAACAUGCCAACGUUGGCGUGCCUGCCAUGCUCAACCAAGAAUACUCGGACUUCCUUGCCCCUCAAGAUCCCAUCAGCAAUAUUGUCGUCAUGGACGGCGUGCAGGAUUCCUACAAUACAUGGCCCCUCGAUGAUGAAGCAUUCCCGGGCGAUAUCGAGGUUAUCGCCAAUCAGCAAAACUUCUUGAGCGGGUUGACUCUGUCACAAAACCACCUCAACCAGGGAUCUGACGAAUACUGCUCCAACAAUGACGCCCUCGGAAGAAACGAUAUCGAAAGGAUUUCCCUUCACCAACGGCAACAUCAAGAUCCCAUUCCAGUUGAGUUCCGUACUUACCGUCCCAGGCCCAAGCAGAAGUGCGCCAGAAAAUCCCGCGGAAAAUUUGACUGGGAGGUCAUACGGGAACGCUCAUACCACCCCUAUAUGAUCCUAAACCACACGGCGGAGCAGGUCGCCUUUGAAAUGUCUUCGAUGUUUGGUUACGAAAUGGCAGUGAGUACCUUCAAGAACAAGAUAGGUGGAUGGGACGAAUUUCGCAAGAAUUCAACAGCGCAGCCCGAAUCACAAAGAGACCGCCGCCGAUACCUACAAAAAUCACCAAAGGUACCAAAGAUAAGCAAUCCUCUCCAUUUAUCUAGGCGGAUACCGUCAAACCGGAGCCCCCAGCCUGUCAGCAUCCAAUCUAUCCCUGUAGGACUGAAUGAUGAUCAACAAAUAUUGCUCUCUUCAAUGUGCAACGCCAUCAGUGCGUUGGUCAAAAGCCGGUUCGGUACCAAGAAGGGUCUAUGGAAACCCGACAUCAUCAACCUGAUCCGACCGGCCGGGGCAAUGGACAGUGCAGCUCACUGGCAGCUCGUGUUUGACAAAUGCAUAGGGAUUGUGACCCUCUCCGAGGGAAGGCUGGGCGGGAAGGUCCAGUUUAUGCUCGGCCAGUUCUUUCACGCACUGGACACGGCUACGCAGUCGUGCGAUCCAGUGUUCCUGCUCCAGUUCUGGAAAGUUUGUGUCAAUUUGUGGCGGAUCAAGUUUCCCGGUCGAACGAAGGCCGGGCCAUUCGUCUUUUUGCGCCAUUUCCUUCAGCGAUUGAAAGCUGGGUUUUUCAGGUCCUGCAGGAACAAGCAUGAUGGCCUUGUGAUGUUCGUCAACUCUCUCAUCGAAAUCUUGCAAUCUGAGCCUCGCACGCUCAAAGCAACGCUAGGCUGGACCUAUUCACAACCCAUUAAGGCCCUGGGAGAUAUGAUAGGCAAGGAACAUGUCAUCGUUCUCGGCAUGGUGGCGGAUUGCACGACACACUGGAACAGUAUGUUUCAAGUCGAGGAGGCAUACAGGGCGGAGUCGAACAAGAUAUCAGAGAGGGAACUGCUAGAGUCGCGAUUUCAAGCUAUUUUGCAGAGUUGUGGUCUCAAAGAAGUGGAGACAAGAAUCGGUCUCUUGUACCACUACACAAACGCCGUGUCGAAUGGAAAGUAUGUCUCUGAGACGGUUGGACAUCACGCCAACGAGCUGCGGAGUCUGACACUGGAUCGGUGCCGCACGGAUCUUCAACACAAGAAUCUGCAGUAUACGCUGACCAGUCGGGCAUUUGCGUCCUCCACGGAUUUGCUUGCAAAGUAUCACCUCGAAAUGUGGGAAAUGCGAGGGCGGGAAAAGGGGCGCAGCCCCUACAAGAUUUCCGCUCUUUUAAUUGAGGCAAUCGAGAUUCUGCGCCUGGGCGAUAUUGAAUGUCUAGUGCAAGCCGUGCACUGUUCGAAACGGCUGGCAGUGUGGUUCAAGACAUUCGAUCCCGACGACCAACACAGAACGAAGGGCCAAACCAAGGGAAAGAAGACUUAG